GUUAUUUUCCUUGUCUCUCUGAUUGUAAGGAUGAAGGUGAGUGUUUCUCUUCUUCUGUUUUGCUAUCUGUCUCUCAGUGAUGGAGAUAAGGAGCUGGAAGUUUUGGUGGCCAGUGAAAGAAAUGACCAGCCCAACAUCUGGACUGAGGUGAGAGAUGUAAGAGACAUGUUGGUGGAGCUCAGAGUCAAGCUGGACAUGACGAUGAAAGAGAAUGCAAAAAUGGCAGAUCAAAUACUGGAGCUGAAGAAAGAAAAUUCAGACAUGAAUGAGAAAAUCAAGAUCAGUGAAGCCCAGCUGAAAAAAACAAGGCAAGAAAAUAAAGAACAACCAAAAGUGGCCUUUUCAGCCGAUUUAGGGAUUCGUGGUGAUUUAGGACCUCAGUCUACUGAGCACACACUUGCAUUCAGCAAUGUCUUCACAAAUAUUGGCAACAACUACAACCCAGCAACAGGUCUCUUCAUUUCUGCAGUUAAAGGCCUUUACUACUUCAGCUUCACUGCAUGCGGUGUUCAAAUCAAACAGUCAAUGGGUGCGAGUUUAUAUAAGAAUGGCCAGAAGAUUGUGUCAGUAGGUCAGUGGCGUAGCCACGAUCAGCACAGAUAUGCAUCAAACGCAGCCGUCCUGCAGCUGGACGUGGGUGAUGUGGUUUGUGUCAAGCUUCUACCACAAUACACCAUCUAUGACAGUCCAGACAACCUCAGCACCUUCAGCGGAUUCCUCAUUUACCCGAUUUAAGGAUCAACUAUUGGACUGUGGCCUAUUUGAACAUGCAGGGGUUGUGGAUAUUCAUUCCCAACCCAAUUAGACUUUUUUUUUUUCAUUUUCAAUAUGUUUUUAUGUAAUCACAAUUUACAACAUUGUUUGCUUCGAGGGAAGAUCACACUUUUCUUUUUUAUACUUUUACCAUAGAGAAAAAAACAUGAUUUUAUCAUGAUUUUAAAUGCUGUAAUUUGCAGUAAAAAUGUAAAAAUCUU